AUGUCGGUCUCGGCCAUGGACUCUCGAAUCUUUCGCAACCUCUUCGGGACUCGAGAGAUCCGUGACGUUUUCACCGACGAAGCUUACGUUUCGAGGAUGAUCGAGACCGAAGCGGCUCUGGCGAGGGCAGAGAGUGAAGUCGGUGUCAUACCCAAAGACGCGGGGGAAAUGAUCUCUCGAGCCUUGCGAGAUGUCAAGAUAGAGUGA